GCAGAGGUAUUUUCUUUCCAUAGUUUUAGUUUUACUGUUCCUCAUUUUUUUAAUCUUUGAAUGCUUUGGGUGGCCAAAUUUCAAUAUUAUACCAUGUGCAGGGAAUUUGAGGAAGUAUAGAUAUAAUAAGAGUGCAUAAAUUUGCCUGCCCUUUGCUGUUUUCUCACCUUUCAGGAACCCAAAGCCCCUGAUCAUGUCUGACAUUCCACCUGGAAACCAAGAGGAAGAAAAAUACAGAAGGGGGUCAUUCAAGAAAACAAUCUCUCAUAGGUUCAGGAAUUCAAGGAAGAGGAGAAGCAGUAAAGUACUAUCUGUUGAAAUUGAUGAUGAGCAGGACCCGGAGGAGCAGCAGUCCGUUGAAGCCUUGCAUCAGGCGCUUAUAGCGGAGGACCUGCUGCCUGAAAGACACGACGACUAUCACACAAUGCUCAGGUUCUUGAAGGCCAGAAGAUUCGACCUUGAGAAAACAAAGCAAAUGUGGUCCGAUAUGCUCAACUGGAGGAAGGAAUUCGGUACCGACACAAUUCUAGAGGACUUUGAUUUCAAGGAGAGAGAGGAGGUCUUGAAAUAUUAUCCCCAAGGCUACCAUGGAGUAGAUAUGGACGGACGACCAGUGUAUAUAGAGAGAAUAGGCCUAGUAGAUGCAACCAAGCUCUUGCAAGUCACCACCAUGGAUCGCUAUCUCAAAUACCAUGUGAGGGAGUUUGAGAAGACCUUCCAAUUUAAAUUUCCAGCUUGCACUAUUGCUGCCAAGAAGCACAUUGACCAAAGCACAACCAUCUUGGACGUUAAUGGAGUGGGUCUUAAAAGCUUCACCAAAGCUGCUAGGGAGCUCAUCACUCUUCUUCAGAAGGUUGAUGGUGACAAUUACCCUGAGACUUUGAACCGAAUGUUCAUCAUUAAUGCUGGUUCUGGAUUUAGAAUGUUAUGGAACACUGUUAAGUCUUUCCUCGAUCCCAAGACCACAGCCAAAAUCAAUGUUCUUGGUAACAAAUUUCAGAGCAAGUUGCUUGAAAUAAUUGAUGCUAACGAGUUGCCAGACUUUUUGGGAGGUACUUGCACUUGUGCUGAUCACGGAGGCUGCAUGCUUUCAGAUAAGGGCCCUUGGAAGGACCCAGAGAUUUUGAAGAUGAUUGAAAAUGGUCAUCACAAACCCGGGAAGAAUUCUCAGGCUCAAAGUAGUGCAGAGAAAACAACUGUAGAGGAUGAGCCUGCUGUCCGAAAGGCUAGUGAGUCCUUGGAGGCUGAGGUUGUUCCAGAGGCAGGAAAUAAACCACCUGUAGAGCUAGCAGCUCCUGUUAAUGACAAUGUCGAAACAAUCAAAACUGAGGAAGUUGCCCCGGUGGUUCAUAAAACUGUGGAUUUGCCUGUGCAAUAUGAAAAUGUUGUUACUGAACCGAGAGGUAAUGAACUGGCUAUUGUUCCAAGGGUAGAUUCUAGGAAAGAAGUUUGCAUGGAUUCUGAUGGGCUUAGCUCCCAUUUUUUUACCGGUGUCAUGACCUUUGUUAUGGGCAUCGGCGCAAUGAUAAAAGUGACACGCAACAUGCCCAGGAAACCCACUGAUGAAAGCAGCUACAAGAGUCAAGUCGACAGUGAAGACAGAGAGGCUAAUAGCCAGCAGCCUUCAUCCCAGGUACCCCCACCAGGAUCCCUCUCUGCUGAAGAAUUGAUGUCUGUCAUGAAACGUAUGGAGGAAUUGGAAGAGAGAUUAAGUGUUAUUAACACGAAACCUUCGGCACUUCCCCCUGAUAAGGAGGAAUUGUUGAAUACUGCACUAACCCGAGCCGAUGCAUUGGAGCAAGAGCUUAUGGCAACCAAGAAGGCUCUAGAAGACUCGUCUGCUCAACAACAGGAGCUCGCGGCGUACCUGGAAAAAAAGAAGAGAAAGAAGAAGAAAACCUUGAACUUGAUUUGCUGGUAUCCCAGUUCUGGUAAUCACUGAAAAGCUGGAUGCUGACAAGAUUACUUGAGAAACCGGUGGUGGGGCGAUUCGGUUUCAUAAGGCUGGCCCCCAAAUGCACUCUAGUCUUCGUUCAUUCAGAUCAUCAGAUGAAAAUGUAAAGUUUGGAGCAUAUUUACAUUAGUUUAAAUCAGCUUGUGCUGAUGAAUGUACAUCUAACUUCUUGUUGGCAGUCACAUUUCAACUGUGUAUUCUUUGUAUUUUAUGUUCUUUAUCUUCCCUGUUUAAAUUCAGGGAAUACAAAGGGAAGAAACUAAAGUCCCCUGGAUGAAUGCAGGUUAUAUGUAAUGAGUGGUAAUCUUCAUUUUUUUUAAUUAAAACUCCUAUACAGUAAUCAUAAUCAGCCAUUUCUUCUGCAAC